AUGCUGCCGCCGGGCGCCCGCGGGCCGAGCGCGCCGGACGCCGCCCGGGGGGCGCCCCGCCACAACCCCCGCGGCCCCCCCGCCCCCCCCGGGAACGCGGCCCAGACGGCGGCGCCCAUUGGGCCCCGGGGCGCGGGCGCGGGCGCCGCAGCCAAUCAGCGCGCGGCAGCCGGGGGCGGGGGCCCGGUGGCCCUGCCCCGGGCACCGUCCGCGCGCGGGCGGAGGAAGCGGCGCCCAGGGGAAGUGGCCGCGGCGGCCGAGGAGGAGGGGCCGGGCUCGGGACCCGCGGACCCGGACCCCCGGGAGGUGCUGAAACCAAAGGAAAGCAACUAA